AUUUAGGCAUUUCCUGAAUUAAUAAAAUCUGAAAAUGGAACUGAGUGGAGAAUCUGAACAAAUGGAGAAUAUGAUAAACAAACAUAUAUCUCUUUAUAAAAAGGACAAUAAAGGUAAUAUAUUUGAAGAAAACCUACAUGUAGAUGAUGUUCAGGGAUAUACAAUAAUGGAGGCUGAUGACAAUGACGAUGAUAUUGACUUGACAACCUCGGGAGAGGAGUUAAAAAGUGAAGAAUCUACUAAACAAGCAAAGGAUAUAUUAAUCAAAGAUAUAUAUUAUUAUAAAAAGUACAAUCAAGAUCUUUCAUUUAAAGAAAACCUAGAGGACAUUGAGGAAUAUAUGGUUGUUAAGGCUGAUGAUAAUGAUGAUGAUAGCAGUAAUAAUGAGUUGAAUGAUAAUGACCAGGUAGUUUUAAGUGAUGGAACAUUCUCUAAACAAGUAUUUAUAGCUCACAAUGAAGUUAAAUUAGAAGUGGACAAAUCAGAAUGUCUUACACAUGUGAAUACUGAGAAAAGUAUUGUAAGUGACAAACAACAGAUUGAAUUAUGCCUGUCCAAAGUUAGUGACUCUGAUAAAUGGUGAUUGUUAAAACUGAAGACGAUGUCAUUCAACCAACUAGUGAUCUACCUUAUAUGAAGCAAGAGGAACUUGCAGGAAUCUUAGGAUCUGUAAAGGAAGAAGUAUUAGAGAGGUGUAAUGAACUGGAAAAUUCAAAGUGUCAAAUUUGUGGACUUACUUUUACCAAUUAUUUGCAAUAUUUAGACCACAGACUUUUGUGUUUCCUAGGAAAGAACCAAGAUAUACAAGUAAAAGGUAGAAGGGAUGAAACAGGUGACACUUCUUGUUUUCAAACUUCAAUAUUGAUGAAACUGAGAUGAAAAAUGAAACAGUACCAACUGUUGAAACAGAGGUCGAUGGUGAUGAUGACAACAUCUUGAGGAUGGAGCAGCCUGAUAACAUUAGAGAUAACAUCGCAUAUACUCAGAUUUUGCCUCUGCGUGAUGACAAUAAUGUUGCGAUAGGCAACAAUAAUUUGCAGUCGCCAACGGCAUAUUCUCAUGCUGCCAUUAGCAACAACAUUGCAGUUAACAACAACAGUGCCAUUAGCAACAGCAUACAAUACAAUCAUCCAUUACCACAGUUACUUAUUCAAAACUCUUCUGUAGGAGAAGAAGCAGUUGAAGUCGAGGAAUUCACAUUAACUUGUUUCUAUUGUAAAAAGAUUUUCCCAGUCGAGGACAAAAUAUCAUAUAUACAACAUGUACAAGUGAAACAUCUUAAUGGAAUGAAUAGAAUUUACAGAGCUGAAUUUUUACGCAGUAAAUUUGAAGAAUUGAAAAGGUAUUUUGAACAAGCAAUUUGGCAUGACUUGGGAAUAAUAGUAAAGAUUUGUCGUCGUAAAGAUUGCAAGUUUAUAUUUAUUGAUAUGUCGUAUAUGAUUAAACAUGAUCUUAAAGUUCAUAAACACCAUAAGUAUGUAUGCAGCAUAGCUGAUUGCCAUAGAGUAUUCAGUAGUAAAGGUCCAUUGAGGUCUCAUGAAAUUGUUGAUCACGCAAAGACUGCUACAAUAAAUAAGAAUGAAGGUGAUUCAAAUGAACACGCUAAAAAAAUUGAUAACAUUAAGCACUUCAAACAAACUUAUGAUGAAGUGAGUGAUGGUUCACAAUCUGCCAAGAAAAGAAGUAUUGUUAAUACUUUGACCGAUUCAGAAAAAUCUGUUCAUAACAGGGAAAGUGAUCAAGGGGAAUUGCCUGAAAUACCAAAGAAGAAAAAUAGAAAAUUCGCAAGUGAUAUUGAUGAUGAGGCUGUGAAUGAUUUUGAUACGAUAGACAAAGACAUGGUUUACGAUGAAAAUGAAAAGGGAGACCCUUUUCAAAGGUAUUUGUACAAGCAUGUAGGACAGGCAGAGGAAAUACCAAAACCAAUCAAACAAGUUUCAAAUCGUAAGAGAAAAUGUAGACGGAAAGCAGUAUCCUGUAUGGAAGGGACAGAUAAAUGUAAUAAUAUAAAUGAUAAUUCAGUUAAAUACCCAUGUAGAUAUAACGGCUGCAGUAUGGUAUAUAUAUCCAAUGAAGAGAGAAGUGAUCAUGUGAAAAACUUCCAUAUAGUAAAUAUGUAUAACGAGGUGAAGAGACAAAGGAAAUUAACUUUCAAGUGUAUGAGUGUGGGAUGUGAGAAGAUAUUUGAUACGAAGGAAGAAAGGAAACAGCAUGUGCAGGAAUGUCACAUGCUUGGUAAUGUUAAGUCUUAACCUAUUUAAAUUUCCUCAAAUGAACUUGUUCAGCUUCCAAUUUAUUGAACUGUUCAUCCAUUAUCAAUUUUGUGGAUAUGUGAAGAUAGAAAACUUAAGAUGCUCGGCCAACAUUAUAAAACCUGGUCAGACUGCAUGGAUUGAGAAGUUCGUUUAUUAUUAAUACAAUAUUAAGGGGAGUAAGGAUUAAGCCUUAUUUCUGUUAGUGACUUCCAGCAUGAGAAUUACAUGAUAUUUAUGGUGAUGUUGUAGAAUUGGUUAUGUUAUGUAUAAAACAGGAAAUACUUUAUUUGGGAUUUUGAAUGUAAAUACACUUUUCAAAGAAAACAUUCAAGCUAUUGCCACUGUCAAGUUGUUGUUUCAGUAACCGUCCAGAAACUUUAAAGUUUUCCAUUAUUAUAAUUUCUGAAUGGAUUGUCUUGAUACUUGAACACAAAAACCUUUUGGACAAGACCUUCAAGUAGACAAGACUGAACUUGAGUCUUGACCUUUGAAUUUUGUUUGAUAUUUUCUUUAAUUGGCUAUAACUUUGUUUUUUUAUGAAUGGGUUGUGUUCAUUCUUGAACACAGUAAUUCUUUUAGACAAAACCUUCAAGUAGACCAAAUUGGUUUUUACCUUCACUCAUCAAUAAACUUGAUUCAUUUAUGACCUUGACCUUCAAGGUCAAAUGUAAUGUUGAAUUUUGUUUAAUAUUUUCUUUAAUUGGCUAUAACUUUGUUUUUUUAUGAAUAGGUUGUCUUCAUUUUUGAACACACUAAUUCUUUAAGACAAAAACAUCAAGUAGACCAAAUUGGUUUUUACCUUCAUUCAUCAAUGACCUUUAUUCAUUUAUGACCUUGACCAUCAAGGUCAAAUGUAAUGUUGAAUUUUGUUUGAUAUUUUCUUUAAAUGGCUAUAACUUUGUUUUUUAUGAAUGGGUUGUCUUCAUUCUUGAACACAGUUAUUCUUUAAGACAAAAACAUCAAGUAGACCAAAUUGGUUAUUACUUUCACUCAUCAAUGACUUUGGCCUUGAAGGUCAAAUUAAUGAAUUUUGCUCAAUU